UGGUCUGCAGGAUGUGAGGAAGAUGUGUGAUCAGGCAGCUCGCUACUGCAGGGACAGCGUCCAGCAGCAACUCCGUGACACGCAGCCGCCUGUGCACCGCGGUAUCAGGGGGCUGGACGGCGUCCUGCGCUGGGUCCUCACCAAAAUGAGCGACAAGAAGUUCGGGGACAGGGAAUCUCAGAAAACUGAAGGGGCACCUUCCAGGCAGCAGGUGGCCGCGGACACCAAGAAAGGCAUCUCAGUUAUCCUGGACAUAUUCAGAAGAGCUGAUAAAAAUGAUGAUGGUAAGCUGUCCCUGGAUGAAUUUCGGGCCUUUUUCUCGGACGGGACCCUCAACGAAGAUGAACUGGAAAACCUGUUUCAUACAAUCGACUCCGACAACACCAAUCAUGUGGACACUAAGGAGCUUUGCGAUUACUUUGCCUCACACAUGGGAGAUUAUGAGGAUGUGCUCGCCUGCUUGGAGACCCUGAACCUUUCGAUUCUGAAAGCAAUGGACUAUACCAAGAAGAUAUAUGAAAGUGGGACAAAGUUGGACCAGUUUGUGACCAGAUUCCUGUUGAAGGAGACAGCCAGCCAGAUCCAAUCCCUGCUAACCUCUGUGGAAAGUGCAGUUGACGCGAUAGAUGAUCAGACCACUCAGACAGGGUUCUACGACAGUAAGAGCAGCCAUGGAGGGGUGGAGAGCUGGUAUAACCAGCAGGCCACAAGCAACUUCACCAACAGCAGAAUGUCAGCGAGAGACAAAAAGAUGAAAACUGAUUUAGGUAAACGUGUCUCACCAGCUCGCCCAGCCGGCAGGGAAGACGUACUUGAAUCACAGAUCAACAGAUUGGCUGAACUGAUUGGCCGCCUGGAGAGCAAGACCAUGUGGCUUGACCUGCAGCAGAAGGUGAUGGACAGCGAGAAUCUGACUUGCUCGCACCUUUUCCUUGUCCGUCAGCACAUGAGUGUUGGACAAAAGCAGCUGGGAGAGUUUGGCUGCUCGCUGAAGCAAUAUCUGAAGGAUGUGUCGGUCCAGCGAGACUGCUUCCAUGUUACAGCCGUGAGGUUACCGGAUGGAUUGACCUUUGUGGUUUACGAGUUUUGGGAGAGUGAGGAACAGUGGAAGAACCAUCUCCAAAGUGCAAGAUCAAAAACUUUUCAACAUGUUAAAGUGGACACAUUGACUCAGCCCGAGACCAUCUCCACAUUGUUUAUACCAGCUGCCUGGUGCACCUUGGAUGGGAAAUAACUUCCAGCAGGGCCUGCUAUAGGGAGCAGUGCACGUUCAACCAGGCCGGCAGUGUGCCCUCCCUCUCAACAAGCCUGGAACCACCGAGCGGCGAACCUUUUUGCGUAUUUUGUAAAUCAGUUACUUCCAAGAAUAUUUGUUGACAAUUUUAAGCGCAUUAGUUCAUUAUUAAAGAGAACUGGAUAUAGCAGAGCUGCGAGGAUCUGACAAACAUGAACCAAAGAUUGGGGUUUGGUUGGGGCAGGGGUGGUGAGGCAGGGUGGGUGUUGGCAGAUGAAUGCCUCACGGAUCGUUGGUUACUCCUAUUUUGUCGCGAAUGGGGAGAUCCUCACUUGGUGAAGGCCAGUUCAACACUGCCAGCUCCUCCUGCACAGGGCUGAUGAAUUCUGGGAAAUCUCCGUACUGGCUCAUCUCUGCCAUUAGGUCAUCUUCUGGGCAAGGAUGUGAAAGAAGACCCUCCCCCCCCCCCCCACCCACAACACUGACUGGGUGGAGAAUUAGAGAUCUUUGGAAAAGAUUGGUUGUUCAAAACCAGUCAGGCCGUUGUCUAGACUGACAAUCUCAGAUUCUUCUCUGAAUCAUGAACAAGCAGAGAGAAUUCAAUGGCGUUCCUUCAUUCACAGGGAACUGUGCAUUUUUGGGCUUCUGAUCCUCCCUCCAGCAAUUCUCACCUUUCCCCCAUUUAGGUUUCCCACAUGUGUGAGUUCAUCUGUAUCUCGCUGUUUCAUAUCUCUUCCUCAUUUCCUCCUAUCUUCCCCCACAACUUCAUGUCCAUAUCUCACCCAUAGUAUAUCUCCCCAUCCUGUAUCACACCCUGACCUGUAUCUCUAUCACCAUGACUAUCCCACUCUGCGUCUUGUGCCCUGCAUGUCCCCUCCAUAUCUCUCUCCUAAUCUCCUCGUAUGUUUCUCACCCUCCUGUAUCAUUCCCACAGCCAUAUCUCUCCUAUCAUAUCUCUCACAUGUUUCUCUUCUGGAUCACUACAACUCUUCCUCAUAUAUCCCCCUCUCAUCUGAGUCUCUCCCUAUUAUAUCUCCACUUCUGUCUCUCCCUCUGUAUCACUCCACCUCUAUCUCUCCCAGUAUCUCUCUACUCCAUAUCUCUCCACUAGUAUCUCUUCCUCAUGGCCAUAUCCAAUCAAUCCCCUAUAUUUCUCUCCCCAAUAUGUCUCCACUGUAUCUCUCCCAUUACCCUACCACUGAUCUAUCUCUCUCUAUGAUCUGUCCAUAGUAUCUCUCUAUUCUUAUCUUUCCUAUUAUUCCCCUCAUUUCAGUCCCUGUUUCUUUCCUUCUAUAUUUCUCCCUAUGUAUCUCUCACCUAUAUCUCUCUGAAUCCCCAGGUAUCUCUCUACCCUUUGUCUUCAUAUCUCUUCCCUCAUAUCUUACUCCAUGUAUCUUUCCCGACCAUAUCUUUUCUCACCAUAUUUCUCCCUGCCAUAUUUCUCCCCAUAGCCUUUCCCUCUGUAUAUCUGUCCCCAUAGUGCUCCUCUUCUAAUUCUGAUUAUGGCUACCUCCGAUUCUCAUUUCCCCAUACAUCUUUCUGUGCCUGUGUUUCUCCCCCUUUCUCUUCCCUCAUAUCUUUCCCCUAUCUCUCUCUCUCUCAUGCACAUCUCUCCAUAUUUGUCCCACCCCUAAAUUUACCUCAUAUAUCUCUUAGCCUGAUAGCUUUCCUCUGUAUUUGCCCCACCUACCUCUCCGUCCUGAAUCUCAGUUCUGUCAUUCUACCCACAUCUUCUGAUGUAUCUCUCCCCAAUGUAUUUUUACCCUCUUUGUACCCUUUUUAUCCUGCCACAGGCUCAUUUCAGUCAAGAUUAAGGCUGACAUUCAAUGUCUGUCAGCUAAUCUUCUAUCUAUGCCAAGAAUGCCAACACCUCUCUGGCAUCUCAAAGCAUUCUAGGUUACUCCACCUUUCAUUAUUCUUAGAUCAAACAUUUUACAGCUUAGCUCAACCUCAAAAUAGGAAAUGGUUAUUAAACUGUACCCAGAUUUUCCUAUUGCCCCUCUGCCCAUUGUCCCUUUGUCCAUUGCCCAUCUGAUUUUUGCCCCUCUGGCUUUUACCCCACUGCUUUCUAGCCCACUGCCGUUACCCCUGUGCCCAUUGUCUCACUGCUCUCUGCCCCAUGAUGUCGAGUGCAAGAGUACCGUGGUGGCUGGGUUGGGGCAGUGUUAUGCGAGAGAGAUUUGUGAUGCUGGAAGUGGAUGAGGGGGAGUGAGGGUGUUGUGGGA